AUGGCGUCCCAACAACUUAGGUCAUCGACGCAUCACUUCAAGAAAUACUUUUUAGAAGAGUCAGAUCUAGAACAGUAUGAUUGGAUACGAAUGCCAUUCACUGCUCCUGGAAAUCAUUCAUCAUCUGACCUCGAGGAAGUACUGCUUGAAUUAUCUUCUGAUAGAACAUUACGACUCAAGUUUGAGUCAACAACAUUCAAUGAGUUUUGGAUAUCAGUAUCGGAGGAAUAUCCUGGUUUAUCAAAGGCAGCACUGAAUAUCUUAACGCCAUUUGGAUCAACUUAUCUCUGUGAAACUACCUUCUUUGCAUUAACGUAUAUCAAGAAUAAAUACCGAUCUCGAUUGAAUGUAAAAGAUGAUCUGCGAGUUACAGUCUCCGAUAUCACCCCGAGAUUUGAGAUGUUAUGUUCAAAGAAACAAGCCCAUUCAUCCCAUUAA